AUGACAACCACCUUCUCUGAUAUCCUCACUAUCCUCAACCAAAUGGCUGGCUUGGACCCUGCCGACUUACAAGCCAGCCUGGACUCAUCUACUUUGACUACGGACCAGGAAACCGUACUGCGUCAACUGGCAGACCACUUCUUGGGACCAGAAGGCUCACCUCAAUCUGCAUCUUCCACCCCACCAGCAACAACAUCAAAGGAUCCUUGGGGUCCUUUUCAUCGCUGUCGCCAUCCCGUGCUCGAUACUGUUUAUCAGGGGAUCCUGGCUUCAGGUCCUCGACAUUUUGUCGAUUCCUAUCGUGACGCAACAAUCCAUGACGGCAUCAUGUCGGCAUCCAAGAGCGCCCAGCAACGUAGUGUGCAGCGUUUGCGCGAGCUUUUCACCGCCCUGGCAUUUUACGACAUUGGUAGGCAUCACUUUCCAGGCGUCUCUGGAAAAAGAUUGUCAGAUCGUAUGAAGAACGAAUUGAAGUUGCUGAUUCCUGAGUGUGAUGUCGUCGAACAAUACAAGGUGGGCAAGAACUUGGCCUGCCUAUGUGAAACAUUGGGUAUGGGUUGCGUCUUGUACCUCGCCCAAUACCUCUCCAACGACUUUCUGUGCAAGAAGUUCACCGCCAGUGGACGAUACCACGACGGCGCCAUUAGCCACCUCAAGAGUCUAAAUUUGAAGCAGGUGGCUGCAGAUAGUGGAGCCAGCGCAUUUGUGCAGAAGGUUAGGAUGCUUUCGAGGGAUUAUCUGGAGAGACGAGGAUGA